CAAACUGUUCAACUUCAAAACGAAAGUAAAAUCCAGACUGAGUAGAAAACUAUCAACAUGGAGAAGUCAAGAGUAAAAAUUUAGAUCUAUGAUACAAUUAGGCAUAACUAGGCUAAUAUUCGUUGUUUAUACCAGCCUGGUUGUGUUCACCUUCAUCGUGUUCAUGGAAUAAUUCUAAAGGUGCUCAUAUAGGAAUUGGACUGCUAUCUGAUGGAUUGGCAUUACUCUGUUUUUUGGAUUGUCCUUAUUUUAAAGUUUACCUUGGGUGAGCACUGUAAUGAGACAUUAAAUACAGUGAGAAAUGUUUCUUCUUGUCCACUCAAUAAAGAAGAAUGGCAGGCUGCAGCAAAGAGAAUGGACUGCAGCAAGAUAAAGAUGACUAAAAACUGUGAAAAUGUCACAUACCACUGCUUACGACAUGCAGUUACUAAAAAAAUGGUGGAAGUAUGCACAGUUCCUAGAAAUUUGAAGGGAUUCUGUCCACAUUUUUAUGAAGAUCAACCAUAUGUGAGAGAUGAUUAUAAGAGGGAUUGCAGCAGUAGCAGCAUGUGUCUCCCAUUUUAUAGUUCAAAAGAUGCUUAUAACUAUUCAGCUUGUUAUAAUACUAGCAUUCCAACAACUAUUUCUUCUUCUGAUGUAUUAAAACCAACAAGUGUCACCACAGUUCAAAAUAUACAUGUAUCAGCUGAUGGAAUCUCUAAAGAAACAGGGAAGAGUAACAACACAUGGAUAUGGAUUUUACUUGUUGUUAUAUUCUUACUGAUAGUGGUGGUAUACAUUAUUGCUGUGGCUUGGGUGACAAAAAGUAAAAGAAAAUCUGUAAGGGAAGCAUUAUGUCUCCAUCAGCAUAUCUUCGAAGGUAAGGCUUUGAGUUUGACUUUUAGCUCACCUGAACUGAAAGUUCGAGCGAGCUUUUCUGAUCACCUGUUUAUUUAUCUGUCUGUCCAGCUGUCCAUUCAUCAAUAAAGUUUUCACAUGUUUAACCAUGUUUAACUUCUU